AAUUAAAAUUUUGCACAAAAAGAAGUGAUUGCUUAGUUGAAAUCGCGUUUUUGCAUAACGUAUCCACGUUUACUAAACACCCCAUUAAAAAUAUAUUCUAUAUAUGUGCUCUGGGGGUCCUGUGACUGAAAUACGGACGCAACUGAAGUUCCUGUUUUACUUUGAGGGAAAAAUACAACCGGAGGUCAUAACAAGUAUGUUUAUCCCAACUGACUUUACUCCGGGGCAGGAGAAGCACGUAGCAAUUGAAGUGGCCAUACACCGCUAAAUUAGUGUUCGUUAUCUGAGAUGAGCUGACCAACCGAUUACGUAUACUGUUGUUAAUAAUUAAGUAAUUUUAGAAUAUCAGCUAGCACGCUAACAGGAAGUGGUUUGGAUCCAAAGCCAAAACUGAUAUUACAACAUUGUAACAGCCCAUCAAACGGUCCAGUUAACUUCAGCUGACGUCAACAGGGUCGUGAGGAUCUGACCCUCCAUCGUCACAUACUGAUCCACUGAUCUGCCAGCAUGGCUAACACAGACUCUGUCAGUGUGCGGGUCUUCUCUCUGAACUGCUGGGGGAUCCACUACCUUAGUAAACACUGUCCUCAGCGCUAUGCCAUGAUUGGAGAUUUGUUGUGCAAGGAAGAACAUGAUAUUGUCUUACUGCAAGAGGUGUGGAGUGAGAAAGACUAUCUCUCCUUGAAAAAGAAACUUGCAUGUAGUCAUCCUCACUCUCAUUACUUCAAAAGUGGAGUCAUAGGCAGUGGACUGGCCAUUUUCUCCAAACACAGAAUCCAUGAUACCUUUCUUUAUCGCUACUCACUGAAUGGUUAUCCAUACAUGGCUCACCAUGGAGACUGGUUUGGAGGUAAAGCUGUUGGGAUGGCCGUCUUAAACAUUGGCAGCCUGACGGCAAACGUCUACGUUACUCAUCUGCAUGCAGAGUACUGCAGAGACAAGGAUCCUUAUCUACCUCACAGAGUUGUUCAGGCCUGGGAGCUGCAGCAGUUCAUUCGCCACACCUCUGCUGGAGCAGAUGUGGUGAUUUUAGGUGGUGACCUCAACAUGCACCCUCAGGACCUCGGCAACAGACUACUGAGGACUUACACUGGACUCCGAGACUCUUAUUUAGAGACCGCUAAAUUCGAUGGUUGUGAGGAUGGUAUAACUCUAAUAGCCGACAACCCUUUUAUCAGUAAAAAGGAGCUUGUUCCCUUUGAGAAGGGAAUUCGAAUUGACUACAUCCUGUUCAAGGGUUCGUCCAAAGUGGACAUUUGUUGUGAUUUCAUGUCCACCACCAAAGGCUCCGUCCCUGACCAUCCAUUCCCAUACUCUGAUCAUGAGGCUCUGACCACUGAACUUAGGCUGGGGACACACACUCCAGCUGAGACCGGAAGUGACAAGCAAUCAAAGAAUCAGGACUCUGCUGCAGGGAAGGUGGCUGAGUUGGUUGACAUUGUGACAGAGGCCCGUACUGAAGUCAAAGUGGGUUUGCACUGCGCUGAGAGGAUGCGCUACACAGCAACACGCACCGGAGUGAUGGGCUUGGCCCUGCUGUUUCUGGAGCUGGCCAUCGCUGCGGUGCCCUGGUUGGCUCUGGGAGCAGAACAACCUUUCCCUCGUACCUCCUUCUACCUGCUGGCUGCGUUGUGCUUCGCCAUCCUGCUGACCACCUCUCUGCUGUACAUCUUCUAUACCAUGGAGCUGAAAUCUCUUCAGGGGGCUGAAGACCAGAUGAGGUUGGCUGUAGGUAGUCUGCAAGAGAAGCUCAGGGGCUUUCCUUUGACUCAGCCCACCAACCCCCAGCGGAGGCCCCCAGAGGGUCAGGAGCCCAGUGCCUUUGACCCAGAGGAAUAAUGCAGAAGCAAACUGGGUCAAAGUGGGCUCUCUGAAAGAAGCCUUAGAAGUGAGCUUUAAGAUGAAUGUUUGAAGGAGUCAUUUAUCCUCUGAAUGUGUUUUAGGCUCUUGAGAUUCAGAUUUGUACUGCAGAAUGAAGGAGUUUUUGAAAGACGUUUCUGAAAGUAAUGCAGGACACAUGCUUUGACAUUUUUGUACUUUUUAUAUACUCGUCUUUAGCCUUUUUUACCCCAUAGAUUUCCCUCUAUGCACCUCAACAAACAUGCUUCUUACCACACAGUAUGAUACUUCUGUGCUAUUGCUGUUCUUAAAGGUCAUAAAUGAGCCUCAGGUCCGACUUGCAUUCCACCCGCCAGUAUUUCAACGGGACCAGUUGUUUCUGUUUUUAAUUCCAUGCUUCCCCUUUGUGAUUGUGUGAGUCCACCACACAAUCAUAAUGGGUCCAGACUGUUUGCUGACUUACUUACAGAAAGUAACCUUGUGGUCUCUGCUGCACGUAAGACACAUACACUCCGAAGGUUGUAGGUUUACAGGUUGGUCAGUAACAUUUUUUCCCCUGCAGGACAGAUAACUGAGAGCUUCCAAUAGCACUUAAAGAUCCUCAUGCACCAGUUUAGACUUUUCAGUGUAGUUACUGUAGGAAAAGGGACAAACUCUAUCUGCAUGUCUCAGUUCUCAUGUUCACUGUCUUGCACUUGAAAAGUAUCUUUAUGUUAGAGACAAUCUACACUCCUCUUUCCCAAAGUAUAGCAGUGGGAAUGCGCUGAAGGUAUUCUGUCAUAUAUACUCUUAACUCUGACCUACGUUUUUGACAUGUUUUACAAAAGAUCAUGUACUGUAGAAAAUUAUAAAAUGCUUAAUAUGUCUUUAGUGUGCAGUGCACUUACUUGAUUAACCAGAUAAACUAUUUCCUUUUAUCUAUGCUAGGAAAUUGCUUAAUGUUCCAUAUCUCUGUAAAACAGUGUUAUGACACAGCAAGAACCUAACAGUGACUGAUCAUUUUUAAAAUGUAUCCCUAACUUUCACCUCGAUAUUGGAAAAGUACUUGGUAGUUCCUUAAUUUGUCACAGAAUUUCAGAUAAUACCUAAUGUUCAUUCCAAUUGAAAAUUGUGAUGGGCAUGAUUAUGAAAGCAAUAAUAAAGACUUUAUUCUCAUG